UUGUGAUAGUGACACGAGCACUUCCCGUGUCUGCAAAAAUAAAACGAAGCGAAAUAAGCAAAUAAAAAAUCCCAAAAGUGACACGUUACAAAAUAUUCGUAGGAAAAGUCUCUCGUUGUUAGCUUUUACACUAAUACUGGUGCAGAUGAUGUAUAAUACACCUGCUAUGCAUUCUGUGAUCCAAAUGAGCUUAUAGGGUACUUAUUUUCAUGGAUUUUCUGAAAUACUGCCCCGCUUAUCGCGUGUGGAGCAUGCCACAUACAUUUCAGCAGCAGAUCCAAUCCUCAACGCAACUACAACAUCGGUCAUUGCAGCAAUGAAGCUGAGAAUGGGCGGUAAAGGUGAAGCAGAGUUGCAUGAGAGAUAAGGGGAUGGCAGAUUUGGCGAGGAACGGACCUCUCGAACGUGAUAUCGAGCAGGCCAUAACCGCACUGAAAAAGGGAGCAUAUUUGCUGAAGUACGGGCGGAGAGGGAAGCCUAAAUUCUGCCCUUUCAGGCUUUCCAACGAUGAAUCUGUCUUGUUAUGGUACUCCGGCAAAGCAGAAAAACAUGUCAAACUGAUCCAUGUAACCCGGAUUGUUCCCGGCCAGCGCACUGCUAUUUUUCAGAGGCAUCCCCGGCCAGAAAAAGAGUACCAGUCUUUUUCAUUAAUUUACAACGAUAGAUCACUGGAUUUGAUAUGUAAGGAUAAAGAUGAAGCUGAAGUUUGGUUUGUUGGUCUUAAAGCACUGAUUUCACGUGGACAGUAUCGUAGACGAAAGUCAGACUCAAAAAGUGACGGUGUAGUAUCAUCUGAGAUAAACAGCCCCAGCACUUACACUCGAAUAAAUUCUCCAAUGCAUUCUGCAUUUAGUAGUAUGGACAGUUUACAGAAGACUGUGGCAGAUGUGCAUCGAAGCCAGACUCCAUAUGGAAGCCCUCCUCGACAUGGUUUAGAAAAGGCUCUCUCUGAAGGUCUUCUCUAUGCAGCACCAUCAAAAGCCUUUUUCCAGUCUGCAUAUGUAGGAAACUAUAUAAAUUCAGGAGCAUCAGAAGGGCGACCAGGCAGCAUAAAUGGACAUUCUAGGGUUGCAACAGUGGAUACCUUUAGAAUAAGUCUUUCAAGUGCUGUAAGUUCAUCUAGCCAAGGUUCAGGCCAAGAUGAUGCUGAUGCAAUGGGGGAUGUCUUCUUAUGGGGUGAAGGUACAGGUGAUGGUGUGUUGGGAGGUGGACUUUAUAGGGUUGGAAAUGAAGGUAGCUCCAAAAUGGAUUCACUUUUACCAAAAGCACUUGAGUCAGCUGUAGUGCUUGAUGUACAGAACAUUGCUUGUGGAGGUAGACAUGCUUCUUUGGUCACAAAGCAGGGAGAGGUAUUCUCAUGGGGAGAAGAAUCAGGAGGUAGACUUGGCCAUGGUGUAGAUGUAGAUGUUCCACAUCCAAAACUUGUUGAGGCUCUUGCAAAUACAAAUGUUGAGCUUGUAGCAUGUGGGGAGUAUCACAGUUGUGCUGUAACACUUUCAGGUGAUUUAUACACAUGGGGAAAUGGUAGUCAUAAUUAUGGGAUUCUUGGACAUGGAAAUCAAGUUAGUCACUGGGUUCCAAAAAAGGUAAAUGGACCUUUGGAAGGAAUACCUGUAUCUUCAAUUUCUUGUGGGCCAUGGCACACUGCUGUAGUAACUUCUGCAGGUCAGUUGUUUACAUUUGGUGAUGGAACAUUUGGUGUUUUGGGUCAUGGAGACAAUAAAAGUGCAGGUUCACCUCGAGAGGUGUUGUCACUAAAAGGGUUACGAACUGUAAGAGCAGCUUGUGGGGCAUGGCACACUGCUGCAGUAGUGGAAGUUAUGGUGGGAUCUUCUAACUCCAGUAACUGCUCAUCUGGGAAGCUCUUUACAUGGGGUGAUGGUGACAAAUAUCGGCUUGGCCACGGGGACAAGGAACCCAGACUUGCUCCAACACUGGUAGCAGCACUUGUUGACCAUAACUUCUGUCAGGUAGCUGCCGGACACAGUCUUACAGUUGCUUUGACAACUUCAGGACAUGUCUUUACAAUGGGCAGCUCUGUUUAUGGUCAAUUGGGAAGCCCUCAAGCUGAUGGCAAGCUCCCCAUUCGUGUGGAGGGGAAAAUCCGCAAUGCCUUUGUUGAGGAUAUAGCUUGUGGUGCAUAUCAUGUAGCUGUUUUGACCUCCAAAACAGAAGUCUACACUUGGGGAAAAGGAACAAAUGGGCAGCUAGGUCAUGGAAAUAUUGAAGAUGUGAAUACUCCAACAUUAGUAGAAGCAUUAAGAGACAAACAAGUUAAAAGUGUGGUGUGUGGUUCCAGUUAUACAGCAGCUAUCUGUCUUCAUAAGUGGGUUUCUGGUGCAGACCAUUCCAUGUGUUCAGGCUGCAGGCUUCCAUUUGGUUUCACUAGGAAGCGCCACAACUGCUAUAACUGUGGGCUUGUUUUCUGUCAUGCAUGCAGUUCGAAAAAGUCGCUGAAGGCAUCUUUGGCACCAAACCCAAAUAGGCCCUACCGUGUCUGUGAUAGUUGUCUCACCAAGUUGAAAAAGGCUGCAGAGGGGGGAUCUAACUCUCAUUCACUGGAUGUGAGAAGAGGAACUGCACAUCGGCAGUCUUCUGAUGUCAGUGAGAAACAAGAUAAAUGGGAGGCUAAGACACAGUUAUCACUUUCAAGAUCUUCUACUACAGAACAUCUUAAACCAUCUGGAACUAAAUCUUCUUCCUCAAAACGAAAUAGGAAACCAGAAUUUCAUAGCAGUCGUGUAUCACCAGUUUCAAAUGGUACUUCUCAGAGGGGAAGCAUAAACCUUGCAACAUCACUUCAUCCUGUUUUGAGCUAUUCAAAGAAAUUUUUCUCUGCUUCAGUUCCAGGGUCAAGAAUUAUGUCACGAGCAACAUCCCCAGUUUCACGACGGUCCAGCCCACCGCGUUCGACAACACCAACUCCAACAUUAUCUGGCCUUAAAUCCGCAAACAUUGUCCUUGAAGAUGCUAACAAGAAAAAUGACACCUUAAGCCAUGAAGUUGUUAAAUUGAGAGUACAGGUUGAUAACCUCACCCGCCGUUGCCAACUUCAAGAAGUUGAACUGGAACGCACUCGAAAACAAUUGAAAGAGGCUAUUGCAAUAGCGGGAGAAGAAACUGACAAAUGCAAGGCUGCAAAAGAGGUUAUUAAGUCUCUUACUGCACAGCUGAAGGAUAUGGCUGAAAGAUUACCUGGAGGAGCUUACGUUAAUAAUAGACCUAAUUCCCUGCCUACAUUCACUCCUAAUGGUGUAAAUAUAUCCUCUGUCAAUGAUGCUGCAGUUUCAGCUGAAAAAGUUAUAGAAUCUCAUGGUUUUCAGGUUGCUCGUAAAUAUAAUUUUUCAGAGGCAGACUCCAAUGGUACUGUUAGCCCUUCAGUGGUAGAUGGACCUGUUAUUACAAGCAAGAUUUCUUUUCAGCCAGUUCAAGAUAGAUCAACGGAAUUAAACUUGUUAUAUCAAACCCACAGUAUUGAUGAAGCACUAAGAAGUGGGGUUAGAGGUUCAGCAGAAAGUAAGCAUGACCGCGACCAUGAAACUGAGUGGGUUGAACAAGAUGAACCAGGUGUCUAUAUAACACUUGCUCAAUUGCCUGGAGGGGAAAAAGAUCUCAAGCGUGUGAGAUUCAGUCGGAAAAAAUUUAGUGAGAGGGAAGCUGAACAUUGGUGGGCAGAAAAUCGUGCUCGGGUAUAUGAGAAUUACAAUGUUAGGAUAGUUCAAAGGACAACCAUUGUUCCAUCAUCAAUGUCAGGAAGGCUAGAGAAUAUUGGCAAAGCUUAGUCUUUGUGCAUGGAUGAAUUUUAUUACUAUGCUGAUGGGCUUUCCUCAGCAACCUUAUGUUACUAGUAUAAGGUGAUAUUGGUGGGCUUGUCUCAGCAUCCUUAUGUUAAUUGUAUGAGGUUGAUUUUGGUGACACAUCAUGAUUUGCCCAAUAUCGUGUGUGCAAGAAAUCUACUGAAUUUUAGUGGCCAGAGUAUUUUACUGGAAGAUUAAUUUGAUAAUGGGAUUAGAAGCUUGGGUGCAAUAUCUUUUGACUUCUCAGAGGAAAGGUACAUUUGGAUCUGGCAUGCAAUUUUGUUUUGUCCUUGAUGUGGUGUCACUGGCAGAUCCAACAUUUUGUGAAGUAAGAAAUGGAUGCCAUUGAUGUUGAUAGAGAAGCAUGGUGGAACUUAGUUAUGAGUUGUGUACCUCAGCAGUUUUGGUGGGAGUCAAGUAGACAGGAGUCUACCAGGGAUGGUCCAUGGAAAUGUUGUGUAUAAUACUGCAAUGUUGUGCAUAAUCUAGCAAGUGUGGAUGUGACUAUCUAGAUGUGGAGUGCCAGGCAGUGAGGGGAAUUUUGCAUUUUCUCGUACAUUAUACUCAGGCAAUUAUCAAUUGCCUCUCCAAGUCUUCGGUUGUGGCUUACUCAUCUGCCUGUCAGCCUUUUUUGGAACCAAAGCAUCUAUUUAUAAUAUGAAGGUGCUCGUUCAGCUAUAGAAAGUGGUGCAAGCCACAAACCAUUUUUGUUUAGACCUUUGUAAUAAAGAUUGUAGAUCAGCACGUCCCUUUUUUAAUCCAGUUGUUCUCAUCUCCAUUCAUGUAUGGGUUCACCCUGCUAAUGCACUUACAUACGUAAUGUAUUCUUGUCGUCUUCAUAUUCUUGGUGCUAAUAUUUACCCAUGCCCUUUCAAUUUACAACCAUCUUAACUGGAGGAUUGAGAGAAAUAGUGACCCCUUGCAAGAAGGAAUCUUCAUUCGCAUUCUUUUAAUGGUCAUCCUUCAAUAUUUUAUUAAUUUAUGAGCAUUCUAGAUGUUCUUAGAGAUAUAGUGUUGCUUCAUGCCAAUAAAGUAGUAUUUCUUUGCAGACUGA